CCUCCGUCCUCCUAGCGCGCCGCCGGCCUCUCCCUCUCGAACUCGAGGCUUCUUUUGCCCCCCCUCGGCUCCCGAACCUUCCAGAAGCUUCCACGACCUUACCUCGAGCGCCGACAGGCAUGGCGUCAGCCAUCUCCGCGGGGCCUACGCCGCCGGCCCCGGCGCCGGCGUCGGUGGAGUGGCACCAGCGGCCGCCGAACCCGAAGAACCCGGUGGUGUUCUUCGACGUGACCAUCGGCUCCAUCCCGGCCGGCCGCAUCAAGAUGGAGCUCUUCGCCGACCUCGUCCCCAAGACCGCCGAGAACUUCAGGCAGUUCUGCACUGGCGAGUACAGGAAGUCAGCUAUUCCACAGGGGUAUAAGGGUUGUCAGUUCCAUCGAGUGAUCAAAGAUUUCAUGAUUCAGGGAGGUGACUUCGUAAAGGGUGAUGGUAGUGGAUGCAUAUCAAUAUAUGGUACCAAAUUUGAUGAUGAAAAUUUCAUUGCGAAGCAUACUGGUCCUGGCCUGCUCUCCAUGGCGAACAGUGGAGCUAACUCUAAUGGAUCUCAGUUCUUUUUAACUUGUGCAAAGUGUGAAUGGCUAGACAACAAGCACGUGGUUUUCGGGAGGGUGCUGGGAGAUGGUCUGCUCGUGCUGCGGAAGAUUGAGAACGUGGCGACUGGGCCAAACAACCGUCCGAAGCUUGCCUGCGUCAUAAGUGAGUGCGGCGAGAUGUAGCUUGCUUCUCAAGCACGGCAUAUCCUAGCGCUGCCUUGACGUUGAUGAAAGUACUGAAUCACUGGAAACAGAUUGGAGACUUAGAGCAUUGCUGCAUUAGUCUACUUAUUGCGACUUUGUGAGCAUGCGGAAUUUGGACUCUGACAAACUGGCAACAUGUCUCUGUAUGAGCCAAUGCUGUAGAGCCUUUAAAAAACAUGUAUCGUGUUGAAUAAUGUUGGAAGCACGAGAUAUAUGACCCAUGUGGUUUGAUGGCUUCA